CACUUCGUUUAGCAUAAACAAGACGCCACUUCAGCCUUACCGCGUCUUUUUUUAAAAAUACAUGUAGUUGAAAGGGAUGCCCAGACAAAGAAAAGUUCCUGCAAGAUUUAGAGGUUGGUUUGUUGUUAUUUAGAAUACGUUGUUUAUAAUUUACAUGUGUAUUUUUUGAGAUAGUUUUAUCUUAAUAACGUUCAAAAUGUCUUCGCAAGUAGUUAAGCUGAAUAUGAGUCUAUUGAAAGGUCUAACAAACUGCUCUACAGUGGUGAAUGCAUGGCGAUUUUUCAGGGUAGCUGUGAUCACUCUGUACAGACUAGUACACAUACGCUUAAAUGCAACAGUUAGUGAAACGAUGAAACAGUGAACACUUUCAGAUAUGAGAGCUUUACAUGCUCCUGUAGCACUAUCCAUUUUUAGAUGUAAUAUUAUUGGCUGCGGUCACAUCUACGACGUAACUAAAGUUUAACUUAAGUUAAUGUCAAGUUACGUUAUGUCAUACCUAACUGUAGUUAGUGUUUUCGGUCGACAUUGCGGUCACACGACGCAGUUAACAACAGUUAGUUCUAAUUAGCCUAUGUAAAUUUUGUGGUGGUUGUUUUUGGUUUCCCCCUCGCUUCACGCUUGGUUUUUAUUUUGUAUAUUUAUAUAUGCUCAUCUCGCAUGUACGAAAAGAAGUGCCACCUUCUGAUUGGUUUUUUGUUUGUAAACUUAAGACUAACCCACGAACUCUGCUUGGGUAUAACUAUAGUUGGUCCGUAUUGUUUUGGAUCACCGAUGCGUAAAUUUUCUAACUAUGAUUAGAACGAACAGAGAAGCGGUCACAUUACCGAAAUAGCUAACUAUAGUUAUCCCCGUCUUAACUAUAGUUAGUAGCCCAGAUGUGACCGCAGCCAUUAUGUGAUUCAUUUAAUUUUGUUUUUUUAAGGCUAGAGUUUCACUUUAGUUUUUGUCGUUGUUAAUUGGCAGUGUGCAUCUGGAACAGAUUGCCUUUAUUUAGAUAGCAUGCUAUAGAGAUAGUAUUUUAGGGGUUUUAUGGGCUUUACGUACAUUUCCUUUGAGUUAUUCUUCGUUUUCACUGUCAUGCAAUAAACAAGGCACAAAAAAAUAAAUUAGAAACCGUCCAGUGGAAGGAGCCAAGAAAAUGAAAUGUUAUGAAAAGUAUAAACAAUUUGUCCAAGUUUCAGGUAUUUGUGGCCCACAGGUUCUGAGUUAUUUGCCGAAACGUUUUCAUGCACCUUUGAAGAGCUUUGUAUGGAAACAACAUAUUGGUGGACCGUUUUGAUCCACCAAUAUGGCCACCGGAAAUCAACAUUUAGACAUCUGGAGUUCACUUUUUCUAUGAAAGCUCUUUCUUUUCAUUCAAGAGCUGGCAUAUGUGUGAAAUGGUUAAGCUGCUGAAAAUCAAGAGGAGAGACUUUUUUCAAGGAGACAGCAUUCCUAUUUUGGUGUCACGCACUGUGAAAACAGGGAAGUUCAAAUUGCUGUAUUUUUGAAAUGAAACAUGCUUCGGGCUGGAAACUGGUACAAAGAUUUAUUUUUUAUUUAUCUUCAACCUAGUGUAAAUAAGAAUUCAUAAAACGUUGCUAUUUUGACUUUGCAAUUUGAUGACGCCACUGUGAAAACCAUCAAUCAAGAAUGCACAAUAGUUAUUGGUAUGAUUUCUGCACAGCCCCUUACAUCUAUUAACUGUAUGCAGCAUUGAUCUCAUACUACAGUUGACUCCCAGUAACUCAAACCCUCGCUAACCCGAACCUCACGUUAACUCGAACGAUAGUCAAUUUCCCCUGAAAUUUUCUUUAUACAUUUAUUGUAAUUUUACCCUUGGUAACUCAAACCCUCGAUAACUCGAAACUCCCACUUUAUUUUUAUUUCACUUCUGAUCAUUCCUAGAAAACUUACCUAAUUUUUUGUGUUCUGCACUAAACCACUUAAAACCACAUGCACCUGGCAGAACCACUUUUUUGUAGUCUUCAGUUUGGAGUCUCUGAUCUACAUCAGAGAUAAUAACGUGAAUAUUUAUACAGGAUAACCUAUCAGUUCUAAUAAAAAGAACUGUUAUCAAAAGGGUGCUGUAAUUAUGUCAUAAAUAGCUAAAAAAAUAAAAAAAUAAAAAUCGAAAAAGGAAAAUAAAAUAACACUAAGAAAUCUAAGAUUUAAAAAUCAAAAUCUGUAAAAAUCAUCGACUUACAAGACUGAAAAGAGUUAUGAAUUAUGGAAUACUAUUGAAAAAAUUGUUUUAAAUUACUCUUAAAAAGAAACCUAGAAUUUAAAGUUCUUAAAUUCCAAGGUAAAGUAUUAUAAACUAGAGCCCCUUGAAAGGCAAAACUUCUCCGUCCAAAUUCUAAUUUGGCUUUGGGAAGUUUUAGUGAACACCCAUUGUUUCUAGUGUUAAUGUUGUGUUCAAUUUUUGUAAAAUAUCCUUUAAAAGGGGUACAGACGUUAUCCUAAAGACAAUCAAACACAAGCUGGCAGGACUGCCUCUUUAUUAAACUCUCCACUGUCUGGACUUGAUAAUUUCCACCAAUGACUUUCUGACUUCGACGUUCAAUGCUUUCAAUUCGACUCUUACGGGAACGUGACCAACAGAGACCCAAAGUUCCACAGUACGUAAAAACAGGUUGAAUCAUUGCUUUGUAGAUUUUCUCAGCACUGCUCUUGUCGAUUAAAGGUCAGAUUCUCCUGAGUAAAUUAAAUCUUCCAGCUGCUCUUUUAUACAUUUUGUCAAAAUGUGAUUCGAGAUUUAAGGAUGAAUCCAAGUUUACCCCCAAGUAUUUAUAGGAUGAUGUGGUAUUAAUCAGUGUUCCAUUUACGGUCAAGGCUAGUUGUCUUCCAUUCAUUGCAUUAAGCCUUUUGGCAGUACCAAAGAUCAUACACUCAGUUUUGCCCUUUUUUAGAUUAAGGACAAGCUCAUUAUCACGAAACCAAGAAGACAGGUUGUGACAAUCUUCACUGAGAUGCCUUUGAAUGGAUUCCAGAUCUUUAGCAGCCGUGAAAAUUACUGUAUCAUCCGCAUAAGUGAUGAUUGAGGUUGACUGAAGAGGCGUAUGCACAUCAUUAAAAUGGAUAGUAAACAAUAGCGGACCCAAUAUACUUCCCUGUGGAACUCCAGAAAAUAUGGGAUUGGCAUCUGACAAAGCACCUUUGAAUUGGACUGAUUGCGUUCGAGAAAACAAAUAAUCAGUAAACCAAUGAAACUCCUUAUUGUUAAUUCAAUAAGACGGCAACUUGUUAAGAAAGCACGAAUGACUAACAGUGUCAAAUGCUUUUGAUAGAUCGAUAAAAACAGCACCCAGGAUGUUUCCAUUGUCAACUUCUUUCCUGAUUUUGUCCGUAAAAUAUGUAACUGCUAGUUCAGUAGAACGUUUAGAUCGGAAUCCGAACUGGAAAGAUGACAGAAAACCAUUAUUCUCGAGGUGUGACAACAACUGUUUAUAUACAAUCCUUUCCAAGAUCUUAGACAGUACUGGUAGUAUAGAUAUUGGCCUGUAAUAAGCUCAACCUCAAGCUCAAGCUCAACCAUGGAACCGCUUUUGACAUUCCCAUCAUCACUGGACUGAGGCAACUAUAUUAAUAUGGUAUAAUUAUUUUGAAACCAUACAUUGUACAAAAAAUUCUUGCAGUUCUUUAAUCACACCUCACUUGCAGCAUUAAGUUUCUUUUUCUUGGCCAAAAACCAGCAUUUUAUGCAGUGAAUUUGCUUAUUUUGAGGAAGUUGGAUGAGAACCUGUUGUAGGAUUUCAAAAUUAUUUAAAUCAUUAAUAAAAAUGAGGUUUCAAAUGUAAUCUGACAUCUCAAUAAUGUUUUUAUUACACCUUUCUUAUGUGGGUUUUGCUCACUUAUGAAGUUUGACAUCAGGCAGCAUACAUUGAUUUUGAAUGCAAAUUUACUCAACAUAUAGUCCCUGGAAAUUUGCUUUAAUUUACAUAAUUGUAAACUGUAAAUAAACUUCUGCCAAAUAUUACUUUCUAGAUGGGGCAAAUCCAGAUGAAAUAGAAACUGAAGGUGACAGUAGUGGUUCAAAUCCUGAUAGUCCACAAAAAAAGCAGCGAAAAGAGAGUUCUGGUUCAUCGGAUCUUGCCAGCCCAGUAACUGCCCCACCACAACAACAUUUCGGAGUGCCUCCCUAUGUCACAGCUGAACCCACAAUACAUUCACGUUCAAUGGAGGUACAGUCAUACUCAUACUAUAAUGAAUAUUAUAUUACCGGUUCUGGGAAUAAAUGAACAUCCGUUUUUCUUUGGAACUUUGUAGUUAAAAGAACAGCAGUAAUGUUCAGUAUUAACUACGUUAGGCAAAAUUCAGCAUUUUUUUAUAAAGCUUUUGUAUUUACAGAAUAAACAAGUGUUGUGGACCUUUACCAUUUUCUGGGGAGUUUACCCAUUGCAUUAUUGGCUUUAACAUAUUUUUGUUACAAUUCAGCCAAGAAUAGGCCUUUCAGGCAUUCCUAUGAUACAUACCACUUUAUGUCAAGGAAGGCACCACCUUGAGGCUUGGGUUGACAAAAUACAGUAUGACAUUGCCAACCCAAGCCAACCUUGUUUCAUUAAUUGAUUGUACUCUGUGGAGCAGACAGCUUUUAUGCUGGGUGAGCUGUGAUUUGUAGAGUUUCUCACUUCUCAAUGAUCACAAAUUGUACUAGAUAAUGAAUACAACAAACCAUUCAAUGAAAUGACCAGCUGUAUGUCGACUUGCAUGGCUCAAUUGGCUUAAGGACACUGCACCUGUAUCAAAGAGGUCAUGUUUUCAAAUCCCAUACAAGCCUGAACUUUUUUAGGCUUUCUUUACACAACUGUUAAGGUGUACAACUGAGAUUUUUCAUUUUUUCCAUAAACCUUUCCACUUGUCCUUUUUAGGGAACUACAGAUAUGAACCGAUCUAACCUCACUAUAGACCCAGUGUACCCCUGUGGUAUCUGCAAGAGAGAAGUAAAUGACAAUGAUGAUGCUAUAUUCUGUGAAACAGGCUGUUCACAGUGGUAUCACCGUGUAUGUACCGGGCUGACAGAACUGGCUUAUGACCUACUUACUGCUGAGGAGAAUGCCGAGUGGGUCUGUGAUAACUGUAUAGCAACCAAAACCAUUCCAUUGGUCAAGUUGAAAAGUUGA